AUGCCUCAGCCUCCUCCAAAUGCUUAUAACCCAGGUACAAAAUUAGUUGUUGGAUCACAUAAUAUUUCAAUCAUUAGAUAUAUCUCAGAAGGUGGGUUUGCUCAUGUUUAUACUUGUAAUAUAGAUCCUCCGUUUCAAGGAUCUAAGAUAGCUUGUUUGAAAAGAGUUGUUGUUCCGAGUAAAUGGCAAUUAAGUUUAUUACGACAAGAAGUUGAUGCUAUGAGAAGAUUAAGAGGUAAUGAACAUAUUGUCUCAUAUAUAGAUUCUCAUGCUUCUAGACUAGAAUCAAAUAACAAUUCAGAUACAUCACAACAACAAUAUGAAGUAUUUUUAUUAAUGGAAUAUUGUGAAAAUAACGGACUAAUAGAUUUUAUGAAUACAAGAUUGGUUAACAAAUUAACCGAAUCAGAGAUUAUAAAUAUAUUUUACCAAGUUACGAUAGGUGUUGCAAUGUGUCAUCAUUUAGCACCUCCAUUGAUUCAUAGAGAUAUUAAAAUUGAAAAUGUAUUGAUUGAUUCAAAAGGUACUUUUAAAUUAUGCGAUUUUGGUUCAUCUGUUAACUAUUUACCCCCUCCAAAAACACCACAAGAGCUACAACUUUUAAAAGAUGAUUUAAUGCAACAUACGACACCUCAAUAUAGAGCUCCUGAAAUGAUAGAUUUAACUAAGGGAUUUCCAAUUGAUGAUAAAUCAGAUAUAUGGGCUUUAGGUAUCUUUUUAUACAAAUUAUGUUAUUAUACUACACCAUUUGAAAAUCCUCAACAACAAUCUUUACAAGACUUAGAAACUUGUAUUUUAAAUUCUACUGAAAAUUUGAAGUUUAAGGAUGCUCCAGGUCUGUUUUUUUCACAUAGAUUGAAAAAUAUAAUAAAGGUUUGUUUACGAGCUGAUCCAAGAAGAAGACCAAAUGCGGUUCAGUUGUUAGGAGAAAUUUCUUCAAUGAAAGGUGAAAAGAGUAUACCAAAUGUAAUUCCAUUUAGUGUAAGAGAGCAAUUAAAAUUAAAACAAACUCCAACUCAAAUUAAACAAAAACAAAAUGUUCCUGAAAAACUUACUGAAGAUGUUAAAAGAUCAGUUGUUCAAGAUCCAUUUGCUUCUAUAAACAAAAAGAAAUUUUUAGAAUCAAAAGUGAAAACUACUGUUACGCCUUUUAAUGGUGAGCCAAUAAAAAAAGUUUCCCGGCCGUUGAGUGCUUAUUAUGAUGAUGGUCAUAAACCGAAAAUAUAUUCACAAGGUAACAAAUCAAGUCCAUCUAUUAAAGAUUAUAUCAGAAAUGAAACAGCAAAGAGUAGUGAAAAAUUGAAUCAAAAUUUUUAUCAAGAUGGCUCCACAUUAGAAUUUUUGAAAUCUAAAGAAGAAGAAAAAUUAAAUCAAAGACAUGACACUGGAGGAAGUAUAAAAAGUGCAUGGAAUAACAUUAGAAAAAUUAGCUCUGGAGGUACUACAAUUAGUGCUAAUAAUACAGGUUCAUCAAUCACUUCAAGAAGAAAAAGUUUGAAAAAUAUCCUAACAGGUAAUAGUAAAAAAUCUCGAUCUGAUGAAUCAAUAAAUGAAAACACUAUUAAUGAAGAGCCAGCAAAAUUAUCAAUUCAAAAAAGAAUGCAACAAUUACUUAACAAUAAUGAAAAUUCUUCGAUCCAAAAAACUGCUCAAGGUUAUGGUCGAUUUACUGAUAACAAAGCUUCAGAUGAGAUUGAUAUAAUUAAUAGUAAACCAAAAGUUUUGGCUCCACCUAAGGUUCCUAAAAAUUUAUCAUCAAAUAGAAAUAAUAUUAUGCAAAAAACCCAACCAGCAACUAAUAAUGAUAAAAGACAACAACCGAGAAAGCCCCUCAAAUCACCUCCAAAGAAACCAACUAAACCAAAACAUCUCAAAUCAAAUGAAAAUUUAAGAAGAGUAAGUGAUGGUAGUGAAAUAUCGAUACCUGAUUUAGAUGAUUUAGAACAACAAUUUUCCAAAAAGUUUCCAUCAUUUAUAUUAGAGUAA